AAACACACACUCUUUUCAACACUUCUCUCUCUUCUCUCUUAACAAAAAGAAAAAGUAAAUACAAAAAAAAUAAUAAAAACCAUUUAUGUUUCAUGUGUGAUCGAUACAUGUUUAACGUGAUUGAGCCGAUACGCUCUCUUUAAUCAACCUUUUUUUAUUUCUUUUUUUAUAUAUAAAGUCAACAUGCACAAAACCCAGUUGAUGAUCAUUCCAUUUUUAUUAAAAUUCAGUUAAAAUACAUAAACAUUCUCUCUUCACAUUAUUAUUCAAGAUUAAAAGCUAUUCACUUUAUUAUUCAUAAUUCAAAAUAUUUAGAAAUAGAAAAUGAAGAAUAAUGAAGAACAGUCUCGAUCUCUGUUUGGAAUUUCAUUAUCUGACAGACCAAAAUGGCAGCAAUUUCUCAUUUGUUCUUCUGGUUUUUUCUUUGGAUAUCUUGUUAAUGGUGUUUGUGAGGAAUAUGUAUAUAAUAGGCUUAAAUUCAGUUAUGGCUGGUAUUUUACCUUCAUACAAGGAUGGGUUUACAUUGCAUUGAUUUACCUGCAAGGUUUCACCACCAAGCAAAUGGUGAAUCCGUGGAAAACGUAUGUCAAGCUCUCGGCAGUACUCAUGGGUUCUCAUGGGCUUACCAAAGGGUCUUUGGCUUUCCUUAAUUACCCUGCUCAACUUAUGUUUAAAUCCACCAAGGUUCUUCCGGUGAUGGUCAUGGGAGCGUUUAUUCCUGGUUUAAGAAGAAAAUACCCUCCCCAUGAAUACGUUUCCGCAUUGCUUUUGGUAGUGGGUCUAAUACUAUUCACUCUUGCGGAUGCAAAUACCUCCCCAAAUUUUAGCAUUCUCGGUGUUGUGAUGGUUUCUGGUGCUCUUAUCAUGGAUUCAUUUCUAGGAAACUUUCAAGAAGCUAUCUUUACCAUGAAUCCCGAUACAACACAGAUGGAGAUGCUAUUUUGCUCAACUGUAGUGGGUUUGCCUUUUUUGAUUCCUCCAAUGCUUUUGACAGGGGAAUUAUUCAAAGCAUGGAGUUCAUGUUGGCAGCAUCCUUACGUCUAUGGUGUACUAGUCUUUGAAGCAAUGGCAACAUUUAUCGGUCAAGUCUCUGUACUUUCACUCAUUGCCAUAUUUGGAGCUGCCACUACCGCAAUGAUAACAACGGCCAGAAAGGCGGUCACAUUGCUGCUAUCUUAUUUGAUCUUUACAAAGCCAUUAACGGAGCAACAUGGGACUGGUUUGAUUUUGAUAGCAAUGGGAAUCGUGUUGAAGAUGAUACCAGAGAACAAACCAGCUCCAAGAAAAGUUCAGAAAAUGAAAGAAUUGCCUUUGGGCAAAGAUGAAAACCAAAGAAAUGAAGAGGAAGAAGAAAAGAGACCUUUGGUUUGAUCAUUAUAUAAUUAUUUACUUGGUUUUGGUGUCUAGGAAAGUUAUAUUCAGUUUGCUGCCUUGCUUUGAGGUAGUUUGUGGGCAUGAACUAUAAUUUUAGGUUUUCUUUGGUAAAUUCAACUUACAAAUGUCCACAACAAUAAAUCCAUAUAUAGUUAUUCUUCUACAA